AUCAUGAUUUUGGAAGGAGCUGGCAGGAUGAGUAUCAAUUCCAGCAGCAAUCUACUCCACCAGCAGCCUUCCUGGACAGACGGAUAUUCCACAUGCAAUGUAUCCAGUAGCUUCUAUGGAACCCAGUGGCACGAAAUACACCCACAGUACUGGACUAAGUUUCAAGUCUGGGAGUGGCUGCAGCACCUCCUUGAUACCAACCAACUGGAUGCCAACUGCAUACCUUUCCAGGAGUUUGAUAUCAAUGGGGAACAUCUGUGUAGUAUGAGCCUGCAGGAAUUCACUCAGGCAGCUGGGACAGCAGGACAACUGCUUUACAGCAACCUCCAGCACCUAAAAUGGAAUGGUCAGUGUGGAAGUGACAUGUACCAAUCUCAUAAUGUCAUUGUGAAGACAGAGCAAACAGAUCCAUCAUUAAUGGUAUCCUGGAAAGAAGAGAAUUAUCUUUAUGACAGUGGCUAUGGUAGCACAGUAGAGUUAUUGGACAGUAAAACAUUCUGUCGUGCUCAGAUUUCCAUGAUGACACCUAGUCACCAAUCUUCUGACUCUUCAGAUGCAAAAAAAUCACAAGAUCAUACCCCAAAGUCCCACACCAAGAAGCACAACCCUCGAGGAACUCAUCUUUGGGAAUUUAUUCGAGAUAUUCUUCUCAAUCCUGAGAAAAACCCAGGAUUAAUCAAGUGGGAAGACCGGUCAGAAGGUGUCUUCAGAUUUUUAAAAUCUGAAGCUGUGGCUCAGCUGUGGGGAAAGAAGAAAAACAACAGCAGCAUGACUUAUGAGAAACUCAGCCGGGCUAUGAGAUACUAUUACAAAAGAGAAAUCCUUGAGCGUGUGGAUGGUCGGAGAUUAGUAUAUAAAUUUGGAAAGAAUGCCCGUGGUUGGAGAGAAAAUGAAAAUUAAAUAUAUCAAGAAAUAACAUUUAAAACACGUGGAUCACAUUGCAUA